AUGGACUCUCUGAGACUUAUUCUCCUACUCUUGCUGUUCCUCCCCACUUGCUUCUCUUUCAACUUGCAAACUCCUUCACACAAUGAACAUUCAAACCAAAGUUCAUCACUGAAACAGCAGAUUCUUGAGCUAGCUAACAGUCCUAGAAUGGUGAAAUGGAUGACGAGUAUAAGGAGAGAAAUCCAUGAGUACCCUGAACUUGCAUAUGAAGAAUUCAAGACAAGUGCUCUCAUAAGGCGUGAACUUGACAAACUUGGUGUUUCUUACAAGUGGCCUGUGGCUAGGACUGGUGUUGUUGCUAAAAUUGGUUCUGGUUCUCCACCCUUUGUUGCUCUUAGAGCUGACAUGGAUGCUUUGCCUAUUCAGGAACUGGUUGAUUGGGAUCAUAAGAGCAAAGUAGAUGGCAAAAUGCAUGCUUGUGCACACGAUGCACAUGUUGCCAUGCUCCUUGGGGCUGCAAAGAUACUGCAAGAAAUGCAAGACAAGUUACAGGCUACUGUUGUUCUAAUAUUCCAACCAGCUGAGGAAAGAGGCAUAGGUGCAAAAGACAUGAUCCAAGAACAGGUGCUUGAAGAUGUAGAGGCUAUUUUUGGGUUGCACUUAGUGUCAGUGUAUCCCAUAGGUGUUGUUGCAUCACGGCCUGGAGAAUUUUUAGCUGGAUGUGGAAGCUUCAAGGCAAAGAUCAAUGGAAAAGGGGGUUUUGCAGGAAUACCUCAGCAUUGUUUUGAUCCAGUUUUGGCUGCUUCAGCAUCAGUGAUUAGUUUGCAGAACAUUGUUUCAAGGGAGGCUGAUCCUUUAGAUUCUCAGGUGGUUUCUGUGGCCAUGGUCGACGCAGGAUCUACUCAUGAUAUCAUCCCUGAUUCGGUUACACUAGGAGGUACUUAUAGAGCAUUCAGCAAAAAGAGCUUCUAUGCACUAAGGAAAAGGAUAGAAGAGGUUAUUAAAGGGCAAGCAGAAGUACAUAGGUGCUCUGCAGAGGUUGAGUUCUAUGGUAAUGAACUUCCCACAAUCCCUCCAACUACAAAUGAUGAAAGAAUAUACCAAUUAGUAAGGCAAGUCUCAAGUAAGAUUGUUGGAGAAAAGAACAUAGAAUUAGCACCCCUCUUCACAGGGAGUGAAGAUUUUGCAUUUUACUUGGAAAAGUUCUGCUUCACAUGCAGGCAUCGGCUGAAAAAACAAAGGAAAAGAAAAGAGAGAGAGAGAGAUAUUGAAGUCCCAAAAACCAUUAGUUCAAGAAGGAGGAGUCAUUAUGAGCAGCAACCAUUACUACAACCAAAAGAAUGA